GCGAGCUGCGGGCUUGGAAUAUGGUCGGGGAAAUGGAAACCAAGGAGAAGCCGAAGCCCACCCCUGAUUACCUGAUGCAGCUGAUGAACGACAAGAAGCUCAUGAGCAGCCUGCCCAACUUCUGCGGGAUCUUCAACCACCUUGAGAGGCUGCUGGACGAAGAAAUUAGCAGAGUACGGAAAGACAUGUACAAUGACACAUUAAAUGGCAGUACAGAGAAAAGAAGUGCAGAAUUGCCUGAUGCUGUGGGACCUAUUGUUCAGUUACAAGAGAAACUUUAUGUGCCUGUAAAAGAAUACCCAGAUUUUAAUUUUGUUGGGAGAAUCCUUGGACCUAGAGGACUUACAGCUAAACAGCUUGAAGCAGAAACAGGAUGUAAGAUAAUGGUCCGAGGCAAAGGCUCAAUGAGGGAUAAAAAGAAGGAGGAACAAAAUAGAGGCAAGCCCAAUUGGGAGCAUCUAAAUGAAGAUUUACAUGUACUAAUCACUGUGGAAGAUGCUCAGAACAGAGCAGAAAUCAAACUGAAGAGGGCUGUUGAAGAAGUGAAGAAGUUACUGGUACCUGCAGCAGAAGGAGAAGACAGCCUUAAGAAGAUGCAGCUGAUGGAACUGGCGAUUCUGAAUGGCACCUACAGAGACGCCAACAUUAAAUCACCAGCCCUUGCCUUUUCUCUUGCAGCAACAGCCCAGGCUGCCCCAAGGAUUAUUACUGGGCCUGCGCCUGUUCUCCCACCAGCUGCCCUGCGUACACCUACGCCAGCUGGCCCUACCAUAAUGCCUUUGAUCAGACAAAUACAGACCGCUGUCAUGCCAAAUGGAACUCCUCACCCAACUGCUGCAAUAGUUCCUCCAGGACCUGAGGCUGGUUUAAUUUACACACCCUAUGAAUACCCCUACACAUUGGCACCAGCUACAUCAAUCCUUGAGUAUCCUAUUGAACCUAGUGGUGUAUUAGGUGCGGUGGCUACUAAAGUUCGAAGGCACGAUAUGCGUGUCCAUCCUUACCAAAGGAUUGUGACCGCAGACCGAGCCGCCACCGGCAACUAACCUAUGACCUUCUGACCUCUGAACUCUUCACCCAAUGAUGACCUGACCAUGCCUGCCUGCUGAUCAGUUAACUGGUAAUCGCCUUUGCUUGCCUGUCAUCAGUGCAGCGAGCUGAGGCACUUGUCCGUUCGUCUUACCAUCUA